ACUUCCGGCUGUACGUCCUUUUCAGCGUAGCACGACGGCGCGGACGAACAGCUAAAAUGAGCAAGGUUUCCAGGGAUACGCUGUAUGAAGCCGUGAGGGAGGUCCUGCAGGGCUCUGUGGCCAAGCCAAGGAAGUUUGUGGAGACUGUGGAGCUGCAGAUCAGCCUUAAAAACUAUGAUCCCCAGAAGGACAAGCGUUUCUCCGGCACCGUCAGGCUGAAGACUCUCCCCAGGCCCAAGUUCUCCGUGUGUGUUCUGGGAGACCAGCAACAUUGCGAUGAGGCCAAAGCUGCUGAGAUUCCUCACAUGGACAUCGAGGCUCUGAAGAAGCUCAACAAGAACAAGAAGUUGGUCAAGAAGCUCGCCAAGAAGUACGAUGCCUUCCUGGCCUCAGAGUCUCUGAUCAAGCAGAUCCCCCGUAUCCUGGGCCCUGGACUGAACAAGGCUGGCAAGUUCCCCUCCCUGCUCACCCACAACGAGAACAUGAACACAAAGGUGGAUGAAGUCAAAUCCACAAUCAAGUUCCAGAUGAAAAAGGUGCUCUGUCUGGCCGUGGCUGUCGGACACGUGAAGAUGACCGAGGAUGAACUUGUUUACAACAUCCACUUGUCUGUCAACUUCCUGGUGUCUCUUCUGAAGAAGAACUGGCAGAACGUGCGUGCCCUCUACAUCAAGAGCACCAUGGGCAAACCCCAACGCCUCUAUUAAAUGUGUUUUUGUUAAUAAAAGAAGAGAAGCUCCUAAA